GAAAGCAUCCCAUCCGCAAGCCAUUUUCGGCGACCUUGACUCACUAUUUCUCUAUCACCUUUUGCUCUCUCUGCAACUUGGAUAUUUUCUUGCCCCAUUUUUCACACCACCCACAUUAGCCCAUCCAAGAGUACACAUCUCGAUCUAGAGAGAGAGAAGUGUCAAUGGGUCAAUUUUUUUUUUUUUUGUAAUGCAGGAAGUCCCGAGCUAACUUGCGAGCACAUUGAGGUAAAUCUUACAGCUUUCCACAGUUUUUUCACAUGCUUGCGAGCGGUGUAAGAACCGAAGAAUUAUUUAUAAGAAAAAUCAAACUUAAAACCUUGAAAGAGAACAAACUUUUAGGUUUUAAGCCAAGACCACCCGGCUAACUCUUGCGGAUCAUGAAGGGUCAAGUUGCCGAGUCAAUGAAGGAGAUGAGCAUUAAACUCCCAUGGAGUCUAUUUGCCAACCGACCCUUGCUAUCCAACACAAAAGUAGUGGUCCUAGUUCCCCCUUCGUUUCAAUCGGACUUUUCAAUCGGACUUCUUUCAAGUCGUCCAAAAUAGCCAAAUUUCCAAGUCGACAGGCGUGCAAAGCAUAGAUACACCCUCUAUUUCUUGACAAAAUCCACAAAAAGAACCUUAUUUUAAGGAAGAAAACUCCGCUAUGUUACUAGUUGUUCAUUAAUCUGUCCUCCAAAUUGGGCAACCAAAAUGGGUGUUCCCUCUGUUUUGGCACUCUUGCUUCUCUUUCAUCUACUGUUUCUUCAUCUCUCUUCUGGGAAAUGUCCAGACUCCUUCGACUGUGGAACUCAUGGCCAAAUCAGAUACCCUCUGUCCAACUCCACAUUCCCCAAUUGUGGGCUCUACACCGUACAAAAUUGCACAGACCCAGUUCCAAAACUCAACUUGGGAGCGGAGGGACUGUACUAUGACCUUAAUACUACCAAUGUCUCAGAAAAUUCCAUUAGGGUUAAUGACCCACGUCUAGGGAACAUCAUUAGGACAAACGGUUGCGACGUUUUCGGGUUUUACUUGAACUGGACUCUUCCAAGUAAACCCCCUAUUUCUGUCACAAUAUCACCCGGUCUCACAUUGUUCAAAUGCACUAACAUAAGCCCUGAACUUGACAAGAAAAGAGAUGAGUAUUUUCGUGGCAAUGACUGUUACAGAGGCUGCAGUGGAUACACUGUCUACUAUGAGUAUACAAAACAUGACCAGGUCUCAAGAAGUCUCAGUUUUCCUCGUAAUUGUUCGGUUAUUGAAUUGCCAGUGGUACCCAAACUCGGGAACCGAAAUGUCAGUAAUUUGUUCUCUGUGUUGGCUUCUGAGUUCUCCAUUAGGUUUCAUGUAUCCGAGGCAUGUCAAGAAUGUCAACACAAGGGGGGGCAGUGUUCUCAUGAUGGCACUGGCUUCCAGUGCAGAGAUGAGAAGGAAGAAGGAAUUAACUUGAAAUUGAUACUAGGAACAGCUAUACCUGGAGUACUCGUGAUCCUUCUGCUAUGCUUGGUCAUAAUAAUAUGGCGCCACAACAAAUGGAAUCAUGUUUCAUCGUACAUCUCUUCAAAGAACACUUCCUCUGAUCACUUAUCAAAAGCAGACCUUGAAGGCGGUAGUGCCUACUUUGGUGCCUCUGUCUUCUCCUAUGCUGAACUCGAAGAAGCCACUCAUGACUUCGAUCCUUCAAAGGAAUUGGGAGAUGGAGGUUUUGGCACUGUGUACCAUGGAAAACUCCAGGACGGAAGGGAUGUUGCUGUCAAGCGUCUAUACGAGCACAACUACAAGCGGGUGAAGCAGUUCAUGAACGAAGUCGAAAUCCUUACCUGUUUGAGCCACCCCAAUCUGGUCACCCUUUAUGGUUGCACCUCCCGCCACAGCCGGGAACUACUACUCGUCUACGAGUACAUUCCCAAUGGCACUGUGGCGGAUCAUCUACACGGUGAUCGAGCAAAGGACAGUUUGCUUGCAUGGCCUAUUCGCAUGAACAUAGCCAUUGUAACUGCCAGUGCAUUGGCUUAUCUCCAUGAUUCUGAUAUCAUCCACCGCGAUGUGAAGACUGACAACAUACUCCUUGACAAUGAUUUUCACGUCAAAGUUGGAGAUUUCGGGCUCUCGAGAUUCUUCCCCAUCCAUGCCACUCACGUCUCAACGGCUCCACAGGGCACUCCCGGUUAUGUUGAUCCUGAGUACCAUCGAUGUUACCAGCUUACUGACAAGAGUGAUGUUUAUAGCUUUGGGGUUGUUCUUAUUGAGCUCAUAUCAUCACUGCCAGCUGUUGACAUUAACAGGAAUAGGGAUGACAUUAAUUUGGCUAAUUUAGCAGUAAACAGGAUCCAAAACCGUUUAAUCCAUGAGUUGAUUGAUCCGUCUCUUGGGUAUGAGUCAGAUCCUUCGAUUGAGAGGAUGACUUUGUCAGUGGCAGAGGUGGCUUUUAGGUGUUUGCAACUUGACAAGGACAUAAGGCCUACGAUGGAAGAGAUUUUGGAGGCUUUGAUGGAGAUUCAGGCGUACAAAGAUGAGAAUGCUGGGAAGAUAAUUGACGAUGGUAGCGCGUUAACAACUAGAAGGCCUCCUACUUCACCUGAUGGCGAAGAUGUUGUGUUGCUGAAGAACACCAAGGCGCUAGUUUCACCAGCUUCGGUGACCAAUAGAUGGGUUAGUACCUCUACCACGCCCACCUCCAGUGAGUAAGGCUUCGUUUCAUUCUACUUUUGCUUGAAGAUAGCUAUGCCAAGAAAAUAAGCUUAACACUCGUAGCUAUGCAACUGAGUAAGUAGUUCAAAUUCAGUUUCCAUUUUGUUGUAUAUCGAAAUGAAUAUAUAUGGUCUGAUAAUUCUAUUGAGAGAAUGUGUAUAGUGAGUGCAUGGAGCUCUCAGUUGUGUAUUUGUUCGUUUAUUGAGAUUUUUGAAGUCAUGGCUCAGUUCUCAUUGUGCAA